AUGGAUGCCUGCCAACUGUGCGGUGCUGAGUAGUGUGGUUGAGGACGGUACCAGCCGAGUGACACGCGCGGAGGGGCUCGAAGCCCAGAGCCCUAGGGCGUGCUGGCCACUUAGCUAUUUAAAACAAAAAAACACAAAAACGAACAUGUAGUUUUCCGAUGGCUUCUUCGGGGUCUCGUUCCUCCGUCACAAGCACCCCCAUGCUCUAGGAGCCGAGUGGAAAGGUUUGGAGGAGGGCGAGCCCCGCCCCCCCAGCUCUUAGCUCCCGGCUCUCCCACGACUUGCUGUCAGGCAGCACCGCGGGCACCUCUGCUCCGCGGUGAUUGGCCAGCGGCGGGGUCCUCGCGGUCGUCCAAUAUGGCGGCGCCCAGUGGCGGUGUGAACUGUGAAGAGUUCGCCGAGUUCCAGGAAUUACUCAAGGUGAUGAGGACAAUUGAUGACAGAAUAGUACAUGAAUUAAACACUACGGUUCCAACAGCUUCCUUUGCAGGGAAAAUUGAUGCCAGCCAAACCUGUAAACAACUUUAUGAGUCUUUGAUGGCAGCUCAUGUCAGUAGGGACAGAGUUAUAAAGAACUGUAUAGCCCAGACCUCAGCAGUAGUAAAACAUCUCCGAGAAGAGAGAGAAAAGAACCUGGAUGACUUAACGUUAUUAAAGCAACUUAGAAAAGAACAGACAAAGUUGAAAUGGAUGCAGUCAGAACUAAAUGUCGAAGAAGUGGUAAAUGACAGGAGCUGGAAGGUGUUUAAUGAACGCUGCCGAAUUCACUUCAAGCCUCCAAAGAAUGAGUAGAGAGAGUUGUUUUUUUUUUUUCUAAAGACCUGGUCAUCUCAUCAACUAAGCAUGACAGAUGUCAGCAGGGCAGGCUCCCGAGGAUGGUCUUCGAGCCAGAAGGCCAAGGCCUUUGGUUGACUUCAGCCCCUUUUAGCCAGGACCUCAAAUCUAAUUCUCAUAAUUAUAAAAUAAUCAAUUGCUAUUUUAUACUGAUUCUGUAAAAAUGUUUUGUAACUAUUAAAAUAAUUUUCUGA